UCCCUGACGAAGCUGGUGUCAGUUCAAUAAUUGAUGAUUCUGGAACACCUGGCUGGAUAACCUGGCAGUUGAAGCCAUUAAUGGAAAAGAAGAAGAAAGAAGAACAGGAGACUGGGUAAAUACGCCUGAAUGGGAAGUAAUGGCCAUUGAAAAUAGAGUGAGAAUAUUAGAGAAUACUUCUGUAGAGACGAGAGAGCUGUUUCUUCAAGCCUUCCAAUUUCGAAUAUUUAAAAAGUUUACUAAGGUCUUUAGCUGUUAUUUUUUUCAACUCAAGGAUUGUGGAGUAUGCCUUUUUUUGGUGAUGCUGUGAAACCCGCAGAGGAUGAGAUGUACGUCCUGCAUAAGAAGAGGAUGCAGAUUGUAAUGGCUUACGAUGUUGACAAAUUCAUAUCUAACGCUUGGUCGCGUAUCAACAAGAGGGUAGUAGUGGAUGGCGAUGAAGAUUGCCCACAACCAGCUAAGAAGAGAGGGUUAACUGCUACAUCAGACAUACAGAUAGCCUCCACGGUGUCUUCGAAUACCACUGCCGAGCUACAUGACCAGCCACAAGCCAGUACUGUCAUACCACCGAUGCCUGCUUCGAAUGUCCAGGUAGCAACUUCUGCCCAACUCUCCGGCAGCGAGGUGGAGCUGCCAAUGUCUCCGAGAACCUCGAAUCUACUAGAAGACCUUCUCACACUCCACAGAAUUUGCAAAGAGAGAAAGGCAAAGCUGCUGGCGAUGCGGGGGAGCGAUGAGAGAUUGGUGAAGAUUGCCGCACGUAAGCGACAACUAGAGAUUCGACAAGCGCAGCAAGUCGAACGGAAACAGCAUUUGCUGAUUGAACUGGCAGAGUUGGAACUCAGCAUCGAGGACACAAGUCGGGACAUCUUAGGAGCCGAAGAGGAGUACAGCAAUGAGGGUGCCUCAACGAAUCUGUGCCGCUUGGAGGUCGAUGAAAUGAACAACUCUGUAAAGGCUCUCCAGGAGCAGCUCAAGAAUCAGAUUGACGAUAUGGGAACUUAACCUCCAUUUCUUUUCCUCACAUCCUUUUCUUUCACCUAGCAUGCAUGAGUUGGUUGGUGUACACAGGGCAGCUUGCAUUUAGUUGAGGACUUUCUUCAGAAUUUGGCGAUAGAGAGAGAGUCAAGAAGAUUAUUGCAGUUCUGGUGGGACCACUUUUUUUUUAUAGGUUUAUAGGUAUGCCAGAGGUUUCAGUUUUAUUGAUCAUUUUGUAACUUGAUUUUUUUCUCUUGUACUUAUUUCUAACCAAUUUAUUUCAGUAAUAAUAUUUUUUUGUGGACAAGAAACAGAUGCAAAGCAGCUCCCAGGGAUCCAUGCAAGCCUCUUUUCAUAGCUCACGGUAUUUUAACAGUAGCUGCCCUGUUUAUCUUGGAAUCAAUUUGCUUGAUA